AUGGAGAUAUGUAUGAGUCGAUGGAUGGAGUCAGUGAUCACUGACGACGCCGACCCUACCGAGAUUCUUUACCCCGGUACUCAUAAUAGCGCGACUCGUGAAGUCAGCACUAUUGUGGUCUCGGCGUGGGCGAAGUGUCAGGAGUAUACAGUGGAGCAGCAGCUGCAUCUGGGGGUGCGAAUGCUCGACUUGCGUGUGGCAGACGACCACGGAGACGGGGGUGAGAUUUGGGUCACGCAUUGGGUCCACGCAUGUCCGUGUUUAGCGGUGCUGGAGUCCGUUUGCCGCUUCCUGAAUAGCUUCAAGUCGGAGAUUGUGGUGUUACGAAUUGAGCGAGAUUCGGACCGGAAAUUGUCGAAUGCUGGCUUGCAGAAGCUGGUGCAUUUGUUGCAAGCGGAAUUCGACGACCUAGUUGUGCCUGCACAUAGGCUGGACCAGGACAACCCGAAGCGCUAUAACGUAGGCCGGCUGCGAAUAAAGAACCGCCGUUUGAUCCUGGUCACAAGAGACUCUUUCUACGAAGAGCUGGUGAAGAAGUACCAGAGAAGCAAGGAGGUACAAUGGCUGCUACAACACCUGACCAGGGCCAUGGCCUCUUGGUCCUGGACACGGGGGAGGAAGGCGUCCAUCGUGCAUGACCGGAUCUCCAAGUUUCUCUGUGACACUCAUACCCUUAACAAGAUCCGAGAGAAGGCCUUCUUGGUUCUGGAGGCGAUAAUUACACACGAAGCGGACGCUAUAGCUAAACACCCAUUCUCCAGCAUCCAAAAGGCCAAUUCCUGCGUGCAUAAGGAGUGGAUGCCUAAAAUUCUGGACCAGGUAAAGCUUUGUCCCUACGUCAACGCUAUCACCUGCGACUUUGUCAACUCGGACUUUUGUAAAGCAAUCGUUCAUAUCAAUAGACAAAGAAUGAAAGAACAACAUAAAGAAGAAAGCCAGCGACUUGACGAGUUUCAUGCAUGGCAACAAGCCGGCCGUCCUUCCAAGAGCAUCGGGACUCAGGUUUGA